AUGUCGCUCUUCUCAGCCCAGCUGCAUCCAGGCCGGGCGCUAGGCUUCCUCGUGCUCGGCGCCUCGCUCCACGACGUGUUGACCCGGCUUAAGGCCGAGCCACAGCGCUUCCCCAAGAUGGAGCUGAUGUACCCGCCCGAUGACCCUAUCCAUGGCCAGAUCGUUGUCGUCCUGCCCACAAACGGCAUACGCCUGCGCUUCGAUGGCCCCGAGCAGCGGCUGCGCCUGAUCGAGGUGCUCAACUUCACAAAGAACCACAUCUUCCUCAAGCCGGCCAACGACAAGGAGCGCGACCUGGUGCGCCCGUCCAGCACAACCUCCUAUGACGGUGACGCAUCGGCCGGUCCCACGUUCCGCCACAUCUAUCAGCGCUUCUUGGGGCCGACGUACGACGGCGAGUACCUGCCCGACUCCGAGACAUACGUGCUGUCGUACCCGGGGGUGGCAUUUAGUUUCCCCAUGCGCCGGCAGGACUACUCGCCUACGAAGGACGUCGUGUCGCUUCUGUCUGCGAAUGCUGUGCCGACGUCCAUGGCUGUCUUUAGCGGCGACUCAUGGGCGCACGCGCGCGAGACGAUGUGGACGGAGGUCUUGCCUAGCGUCAAGGCUUUUGCGCCGAUGGCCAAGGGCAAGGACUUGUGUCCUGACGAAGUGUCCCUCGUCAAGAUUCAUGGCGGCGGCAAGCUGCAACUGUUCCGCAAGUGGACCAACAACUCUUUCUGGAUCACGCUCGGCGAGACGACGCCUCAACAACUGGUGGCAGAGCUGGGCCCUCCAGAUGCGAUCUACCGUAAGAACGACCAGCGCAUGUAUAUCCACAAGCUGCGCGCGCACAGCAACACUACGAACAACCGCCCGAACCUAAACGACCUCAAGCGCGGGGACGACUUGACCGAUACGGACCUGUCAUCUCACCCGCCCUCUGACGAGUACGACGAUUCCUCCUCCAACGACGGCUCCAACUCGGAAGCCAUCGAGGACGACCCGGACGGCCCUUCCGAAGAGUGCUUCUACAAUUACUUCUACCUCGGCUUCGACGUGCUCGUCUCGACGCCCACUCUCCCCUCGCCUCCCCCGCCGGGGCAGGAAUCGCAUACCCCCGACAGCAGCAGCAACCCUUCUUCUCCCGUUAAGUUAACAUCUCCCGACCGCCUGGUCGCCACAAAAGUCAUCCUCCACGGCAACGUCCCCGGCUCCUACCCCUUCAACCGGCAUCGCCGCAUCCGCUGGGAAAUCAGCUACCUGCCCGGCCCGACCCCGGCCAACUCGGAGACGCCCUUCCCCCAGAUCGAAGAGCGCUUGCGCGAGCGUUGGAAGUCGGCGUACCCUUCUGACGGGGAGCUGAAGCAGCAGCGGGGGAUGGUGCUCAACCGAGGAUGGGGGGAUAGUCCGGGGAGUAGUUGUGAGUUUCUUGGAGGGUGGGAGGAGAGUGUAGGGGGCGUGAGGAAUGGGGAUGAUGUCGGGGUGAAUGGGGGGAGGUUGACGGGUAUGAUGACGACGACCUUGUUUGGGUUUCCCGGGUUGGUGUUUGAGGUUAUGAGGGGUGGGUGGGUUAGUGCUGUUACGGUGUUUUAG